CCAGCAACUUUGUUUUGCUGUAGCGAAAAUACUUCCCCAAGUAGUCCUGGCUAUGAGAAACAGAAAAGGCCUUGUAUAUGGACCCCACUUCAGACUCCAACACCCAUCAGAGAGUAGAAUGGUGGCCAGUCUAGGGGACCACAGGAGGUGCCCUGUGCCCCAUCUGAUGCCCACCCUGACCUGCCUGGCUCACUCACCUCCCUGCUCCUGGCUGCUGGCACUGCUCCUUGUCCUCUCUGGACUUUCUGAGCAGAGGAAGGGGAGUGAGUGGCAAGUGCUGCAGCCCGAGGGCCCCAUGCUGGUGGCAGAAGGGGAAACACUCCUGCUGAGAUGUACAGUAGUCGGCUCCUGCACUGAUGACAUGAUAAAGUGGGUCAAGGUGAGCAACCAGAACCAGCAGGAAAUUUACAACUUCAAGCAUGGCUUCUUUCCCGGGGUGAUGCCUAUGAUCCAGAAGAUGCUGGAGCCGCUUAAUUGCGACUAUUCCAUCUAUAUCCACAAUGUCACCAGGAAACAUGUUGGAACCUACCACUGUGUGAGAUCUGAUGGCUCAAGUGAGUACUCAGGCAAGACGCUGGAUGAAGGCACCUCCGUGCUUGUGAAGGGACCUGGGAACACAGGGCCAGACCUCUGGAUCAUCCAACCCCAGGAAUUGGUGUUGGCAACCACUGGAGACACCGUCUUUCUGAAUUGCACAGUGCUUGGAGUUGGUCCCCCAGGACCCAUCAGGUGGUUUCGGGGGACUGGUCUGAGCCGGGAGGCCAUCUACAACUUUAGAGGCAUCUCCUACUCCAAUGUGACUGCAGUCCAGGCCUCCAAGAAUGAUUUCAGCAUUCUUCUGCAUGGCAUCUCCACUGAGCAUACAGGAACUUACUAUUGUGUAAAGUUUCAGAGUAAACUCAACAGGCAGUAUCUAUCCGGACAGGGCACCAGGUUGAGAGUCAAAGCAAAUCACACUUCUCUCAAAGAGUCAGAAUUCACCAAGGAACGUACAGCCACGGUAUUUCCAUCAGGAUUCCUAUCUGUCCUCACACUUGCGGUCCUGGGACUGAAAACAGCGACCUUGGCUGCACUCUUGCUGGCCCUGGUUAUCUGCUGGAGAAGCUCUUGACAAGAAGACAUCAGAACUCCAGGCCCAGAAGAGGUGUGCUCGUCUUAGCAUGGGUCAUGGAUGACUGGUCCGCCCUAGAGUGGGUCCUCUAAGAGAGGGCCCAGGAAUCCCUGAUCAUUCCUCUGCCUCCCAGCUGCCUUCAAGCCUCACGAUGAACUCCAGGAUCCUGGUUCCUGGUCACCUGGUGGAAUUCUCUCUUUGGCACUGGGCUCCCCUCCGUUUGCCUUCAUCUCACUGUAUUUCACUGUUUGCUGAGCCCAGGGUUGACAAGGAGCGAGCUAAGAGGCUGGAAGAAGAUGAGAGGAGCCGUAGGAACUGUAGACAUGUUUAUUCUCUCCUCUUGCGGCUGACCUAGCAGACAAAGCCCUAACGCAGCCUCACUGCCAUAAUGUUAGCAGCUGUAACAUAGCCCCAAGGGCUUUCUCAGGUAGACUGUAUAUAUGCUUAGAGAGCGAAUGUAGCCCGUGGCCAAGAGAGUACCUCCUGACAUGCAUGCUCAGUGCUAUGAGUGACCUCAGCUGUUAGGUAAUUAUUAUUUACAAAACUUGGGGCAAGAGUGAGAGGAUGUGGGGUGAGGGAAACUGAUCCCUCCAUCUUCACCAAUGUGCUCUUUCCCUACAGCCUUCCUUUCUCUUCUCAGCCUGUUCAAACCCUCCUUGUCUUUUAAGGUCUUGCCCAGGUCUCUCCUCGCGGCCUCUGCUCCUGUUGCAGCCCCUUCUGGAGGGCCCACCCCCUUGCUCCCCACCCCAUAUUUUCUCUUCCUUCAAGAUCCAACUUGAGAGUCCUUCCCAGAAGGUUUCCCCGAGUGACUCUGAGCUGGCCCAGCCAGACCCCCUGUGCCCCUCCAUCUAUAUCCUUUCUUCCUCCUUUUCUGCCUACUUUCCUUCUUCACCCUGGCUGGCUUAGGUGGCUAUAAUAGUUAGAAUUCAGGCUUGGCAACUUUGACAAAACCCUUAUAUCAGAAAAAAGUAGCUCAAAUCAGAAGAAAGUAGCUCAAAUCAGACGAAAGUUGGCUCCUCUACUAAUAUUUGAGCAAAAACAGGCCAGGCAAUUUGGGGACUCCCUGAGGCCCAGGAUUCCUUGAUCUUGUUGAUACCAGGUCCAUAUCUCAAGCAGAAAGACCAGGGAAGAGGAGAAUGACACUUCCCUUCAAGGUCACAGCUAGGAAUUUGCCCAUAUCACCUCUGACUGGUUGGAAUGUGGUCACUUGGUCACACCUAGCUGCAAGGAAGGCUGGAAAUGCAGUCUUUAUUCUAGCAAGAGUGCACCUAGCUAAAAUCUGUUACUAGAGAGCCAGAGAGUAAAGCUCAGUAGAUGACCAGCGAUCUCUACCCCUGUGGUAUAGAGAGAGCUUCUUACUUGCUGUGUGGCACACCUGAGUUCCAUUCCCAGGUGAAAUGCACCCCUUUGUACCUUUGCCUCCACUAGGGCAGCAUAGUGGAGGGUAGUAUUUCUAAAGAAAAGGACACUUCGCCGCCCAGGGGAUAUGUGGCGAUGUCUAGAGACAUUUUUGAUUGUCAUAACUUGGGGGAGACUGUUGCCCUCUAAUGAGUAUAGGUCAAGGAUGCUGCUUUUAGCACAGGGCAGACCCCACAGCCAAGACUUAUCUGGCCCAAAGUAUCAGUAGAAGUUGAGAAGCCCUGAUGUAGUGGAAAGCAUGCAUUCUCUGGAGUCAGACAUGCCCGAUUUCUAACCCUGAAGCCCCCACUCCCUCCUUGUGCACCAUUGGUAACUAAUCAGUCAUUGCCACUCUUGGAACAUGGAGGAAAAUAACGCGGACUUCUGCAUUGUAUAAGAAACAAUUCAACUCAGGGCUUACUAUGAGCUGUGUGUUCUGUAUACACUCAGUACAUGUGAACUCCGUUUUCUCUUUCAACACAAACAUUUAUUGGCACCUACGGGCUUCCCUGGUGGCUCAGAGGGUAAAGCGUCUGCCUACAAUGUGGGAGACCUGGGUUCGAUCCCUGGGUCGGGAAGAUCCCCUGGAGAAGGAAAUGGCAACCCACUCCAGUAUUCUUGCCUGGAAAAUCCCAUGGACAGAGAAGCCUGGUAGGCUACAGUCCAUGGGGUCGCAAAGAGUCAGACACAACUGAGCGACUUCACUUUCAUUAUAUCAGGAAAUGGAUUAGUCUGCGUGUUUUUCAUUAUAACAAACAGAAAAGUGGGUGGAGCAACACUAAGCCAACACUAAUUUAGCCUGAGUGUUUUGCGCCAGUUUCAGCAUACCGAUAACCAGCGCUAUAGCUGGAUCAGCUCUUGUAGUUCUUAUUAUGAGUGCAAGAUGCCCUUCAGCAAUACCCACCAGGGAACUUUGAAGAACUAGAGGUUUAUUACUUUCCAAGACUUGGAAGUUACACAGAAUUCCUAGGGCCACACUGUGAGGUCACAGGGAAAAACAGCGAGGGAAUACCUGGAGUUCUGUUUUAUUGGGGUUGAUGAUUUUGUGGGCUCACUCUUUAUUGGUAAAUAUAAAAAUAAAGAGCAGGAAUUUAAAGCUCAGGAAGAAGAAAAGAAAUAGUAGCUCAAAUGAUCAGUUAUUGAAAUCAACCAAAAUCUCUAAAACAGAGGAAACUCAGUGGGGGAAGAUAGCCUGACUAUUUAGCCCUGUGACUGGCAGUGUGUUCAGAAAUAAGCACAUUGAAGGGGAUGCCUCUUUGAAAUGGAUGCCUCAGCAAUCAAAACUUAAAUCAGAUAAUAGCAUUACAAAAAAAAAAAGAGGAAAAAGAAAAACUAUCAAGGUUUACACUGCACUGAGAACUGAAUAAUUAUUGAAUUACUAGACAUCAGAAGAAAGGGUAGAUAUAAUAAAUUAAAUAAUAUCUUCCUACAAAAGAUAUCCAAGUCUGAAUCCCUGGAACCUGUGAAUGUUACCUUAUGUGACAAAAAGGGCUUUGCAGAUGUGAUUGUGUGUAUGUGUCCCAUCUCUAAAUGGAGCGGUUGUCCUGAAUUAUCCAAAGUGAAAGUGUUAGUCUCCCAGUUAUGUCCUACUCUUUGCAACCCAGUGAACUGCAGCUAGUAGCCUGCCAGGCUCCUCUGUCCAUGGAAUUCUCCAGGCAAGAUAUACUGAAGUGGCUAGCCAUUCCCUUCUCCAGGGGAUCUUCCUGACCCAGGAAUUGAACCCAGGUCUCCUGCAUUGCAGGUAGCUUCUUUAUCAUCUGGGCCACAGGGAAGCCCUUUAUUAUCCAGGUGGGCCCUAAAUGCAAUCACAAGUGUCUUGAUGAGGGAGAGACAGAGGGAGAAUCCACACAGAACAGGAGGAGAAAGCAAUGAGACCACAAAGGCAGAAUGGAAGUGUAAAAAAUGCUGGCAGCCACAAGCAGCUGGUAGACACAAGGAGCAGAUUCUCCCCAGUGUCUCUGGAGGGAGCACAGCCCCCUGACACCUUGACUUCAGCCCAGUGAUACUUCAGACUUCUGAGCUCCAGAAGUAGGAGAGAAUAAAUUUCUGUUGUUUUAAUGCCAUGAAAUUUGUGGUAAUGUGUUAAAGCAGCCACAGGAAGCUAUUAAUAGGGUGGAAUUGGGCCUCUGAAAUAACUGGGUGGAGUUCCCUUCUCUGCCCCUGAAAAUCUCUUCACCUGUGCUGACUUAAAAAAAAAAAAGCACAAUAUGAGAGUCGUGAGUUAAGUUUUCUUUGGGGCAAAAUGAGGGCUAUCACCUGAGAGAGAGGAUUUCAGAUAGUUCUGAGAAACCACUCUAAAGAGGUAGGGGAAGGUCAGCAUAUAUGUGAUUUUGGUCAAGGGGGAGUAAUGCAAUCAAGCACAUGUUUUUGGCAGAAGGUUUCUGUUAGUCUCCCGAAGGUUACUGCUAGUCACAAGAAGCAGACUGUGCUCACCAUGAGGAUUUUAGAGUUUUUCUAGACAUGAGGAGACUUGAGAACUGGCCUCACAAAAUCAGCUCCCGAAAAUAAUGUCUGAAAACCUGUUCUGCCAGUUUUUCCCGGAGCACAGAGCGCCUCAUUUCUGCUCUCCACUCUGAACAGCUCCUCUCAGUAGGGGUUGAAAAUCAGCAGCCGCAGCAGCGCAUGACUUAAUCCUUGUAGAGACAGAGGGCAAGUGCCAAUGGCAAGGGCCAAUUUGUAGUUGACACCAGACAGGGUCCUGUGUGGUCUGGUCCCUGAAAGCACCGCCCCCACCCCGUCUUAUCCCCCACUUCCAACACCCUUUAAAUUGACUCCCUGUCACCCAUCUGGGCCUUGGCUACACACGUUCCCUAAUUCAGACAAGUCCGCUUAGUUGUUUCUUCAAGAGGCCUCUGUAGAUCAGCUCAUCCACGACACAUUGUCUUCUUCUCAUUUCCCAUUUGCAGCGUAAGUUUCCUUCACAACACUUACUGCUACAUAUAAACGUGA